UGGGAGGCACGUUACGCUUGGCACUCCAGUAUGCUGCUUUGCCGAGACUUCUCUUAGCCUCUUCGCAACUAGCACGGAGCAGUUCAAAAUGAAGAUCGCAGGAUUUCUCAAUUCUUUCAUGAUUAUAUGUGUUGUUUUUCUUAUCAAAGGAGCACUUAGCACAGAGGCUCAUUAUGAUCUGUUUGAAUUACUUUUCAGUAAUUAUAAAACACACAUAAGACCGGUCUAUGAUAAGGACACAUCCACCAACGUAACAAUGAAAUUAUUCUUAUCUCAAGUAAUCCAUUUAGAUGAACGAAUGCAGACACUGAAGAGUAAUUCUUGGAUAACAUUGAUUUGGACUGACGAAUAUUUACGUUGGUUUCCUGGUAAUUUUACUGGAAUUCGCAACCUGAAGGUACCAACAUCAAAGGUUUGGAUGCCAGAUAUAACCUUAUAUAACAAUGCUGGAAAUUACUACAACUUCAUGCAGGAUCAUGUGGUGAUAGUGACAGCAAAUGGGACGGUGACGUGGGCCUCGCCUAUCAUCUUCACGACGUACUGCAAAAUCAACGUAAACGCGUUCCCAUUCGACAAACAAACCUGCUCUUUGAAGUUUGGUCCAUGGCAACACGACAAAAGUGAGGUCGGAAUUCAGGGAGAGGGAGGUGACAUAUCGGUGUUCUCCAGUGAUGGUCAGUGGGAUAUGAUAAACAUAACGUUUAGAAACAAGGAAGAAGAGUACCCGGAUGAUUUGGGCAAGAAAUUUACAGAUGUAGAAUAUGAAGUUGUUUUACGCAGACGCCCUCUAUAUUACCUCUUCAAUCUUGUGACACCAUGCUUCCUUGUUUCAAUCGUUGCUAUGAUGACGUUCUUUUUACCCCCUGAGUCGGGGGAAAAGAUCAGCCUCUGUAUAACUGUUCUUUUAUCGAUGACAGUUUUCCUGUUAAUGGUUGCCGAGACCAUGCCACCCACUAGCUCAGUACCAAUAAUAGGACAAUAUUUUGCAGCAACGAUGGCGCUAAUAUCGUUAUCACUAGCAAUGUCCACAUGUGUAUUAAACAUCCACCAUAGAAGUUCAGACACACAUCCAGUACCGGAUUGGAUGAGAAAAAUCAUUUUAUGUAAAUUAGCUCGUUUCAUCAUGCCGUCUUGUAAAGCUGACGAUGAGGGCAGCAGAGUUGGCACGAGGCUAGCCAAUGAGUUCCAAACGUGGGAGAUCGUUGACCAAACUACGGUCUCACCUAUGAUAGAACAAAGACAAGUCACAGGAAACUGCCAACCAUCGAAUCAACACUUUCAAAGAUUGAAGGCACAAGAGGACUUACUGUGGAAAAUGAAAGGCGAAAUAAGGAAGAUAGUGACGCACUAUGAAGGAGAAGCAGUAGCACGGAAGGUCGGGAACGAUUGGAUCAAAGUCGCUCGAGUUCUUGAUAGAGUGUUCUUGUUCUUGUACAUCAUUGGAAGCGCGCUAACUAUUGGUGGGGUAGUUUGUCAACUCAAGAAUGAAUAGUCGUUGAGAUUGUUGUUAUAUUUUAUAAACCGUCAUGAGGGUUUACUGAAAACGAUAUUUACUGGAAAUGAUUUAUCCUUUCUUUGAAGCCUUGUUUCCAUAAAACUCGCUACACGCUAUGGUCGACUCAUUCGGCGAUAAUGAUUGGUCAGUUGAAUCGGGGAGUGUUACCGAUGCUGUCAAGGACAGCUUCCCAGUGCAACGAUUAAAGUAAGAUAACUGUAGCGACAGUGUAGCGAGUGUAUGGAAACCAUGCUUAACAGAAGCCUAUUUUAAGUCUCCUCUUGAAAGAUAAAAAGUGUCACAGAUUUGGGACUUAAAAAGGACCAACAAGAUCGUCAUGUUGCACAAGCAUAAUAAUUUACAUUAUGGACUGGUGGUCGGUUGGUGAGCAAUGAUUUUAAUGUUGACUGUCAACCACCACUCACCCCAUGCGUUUGUUCAAGUAAUCAAAUUAAAGCUUUAAAAGUAACCUUCGUAAAACAUCAUAGGCCUACAGGUACUUCGGGUUCCCCGUUCGGUCGAUAAUAAUAUGGCCAACAAGAUGAGUUUUGAUCUAAUCAACUUUUGGUUAGUCAAACAAAGUAUUUCGAUCUUUUUUUUUUUGUAUUUUGUGACGUGGAAAUCAAGUUCCAAACUGAAUGUUUAAUGGCUAUCAUUGAUGAUGAAAAACAGCAAUGACGUAUAGUAAUGGUGAUAUCAUUUUGUCGUAAGUGUAGAUCAUGUUUUGGUAAUACUGAUACUAAUACGAAGAGGUCUGAAGCUCUUAGCUAAGGCGUCUCUGUCAUCUACCCAAUACCCUAUAAGGCUGGGCCGCUCUAGGGCCCCCAAGGUAUGGGGCAGGAACAGCGUUUUGAACCAGGAACCAAAGAGUCUGGAAAUCCAAGUUAAAAAUCUAGAUAUGCUUUGUGUUCUCUGUUUCUCCUUUAAUUUUGAUGCAUGCUGCGUCGAGGAGAAAAAAUUCAUUUUGUAAUUGUCUUGUAUUUUAAAAUGCAAUAAUAAUAAAUAUUUACUGAAGAUAAAUAUAAUAGUAAUGGUGAUGCGUUUCAAAUGCAAUGAGUGAUAAAGGUUAUUUAAAUAAAUGAUUAUUUCAUUUGAUUUUGAUUGGAUGAUAAUUAUGGAAUUAUAGAGACUAUAGUUCUGAAGGUCGUUAAAUUUAGAAAGAUAAUAGAUAGGUGAUUAAAUCAAAGAACUUAAAUAGCAGAAGAAUGAGCUGUUCCGCGUAUUUGCAUUAAAAUUGAUGGAACAUCCGCCGUCCUGCGAGCGGGGUAAAAUUGGACUAUUUGACUAAGUAGAGAAACUACAGGAAACAAACGAACUCGAGCGGCCGGGGUAAAAUUGCUCUCUGUGUACCCACAAUGCAUUUCGAACGGAUGUCCCACUAUAUUGAGAAGUUGCUCUAUCUUCUGCUAUUUAUUAUCUUUGAUUAAAAGUAUUUGCUAUUUAAAAUCACAUAAUCGUUUCGAGAACGUUCUUACUCGUACCCUUAUGAGGGCGUUUUUCAAGGAAUUUUAUAAAAAAAAAAAAAAAAAAAAAACUACUUUUACCCUGCUGGCAGAG